UCAAGUCGCUCGGGAAUACGUGACGUCACGGCCGGGGCGAGGCUUCCAGAGUCCCUUGGCGGUGUGCCGCGGACCGAGACGGAGACUGGCAGAGAAGAGAGCGCGAGGAGGCAGGAUGAAGAAGAGCGACAAGGCGGACAACGGCGGCGGUCGCGGAAAGUCGGAAAUUAAGAGAGAGAAAGUUCAGACUUGGAUCCCGAAGAUCGUCAAGAAGCGAGUGUGCACCACCUUUGUUGAAGAUGCUUCCAGUAAUGGAGUACUAUGUCAGUGCGGUCAUGUGCGCAACGUGCAUAACGUCUUGGAGCCAAGGGACUCCGGCGACGGUGGCGGCGCCGCCGAGUGGGACAGUAGUCAGCACACCACCGAGUGCACCACCGAUGCCUUUGGAGAGCUGGAGUUUGCUGGCGCCGCACGUCGACACAGCUACUUUCUGCGGCUGUCAUGCGACACGCAACCUGAGAUCAUCUACAACCUGAUGACAACCUACUGGGCUUUGCCCUCACCCAACUUGGUGGUGUCAGUGGUGGGCGGCGAAGGCUGUGAGAAUAUCGCGACGUGGCUACGAGAGGUCCUGAGAAACGGUCUGGUUCGGGCUGCGCAGAGCACGGGGGCCUGGAUCUUGACGGGGGGCAUCUGGGAAGGCGUAGCCCGAUGCGUCGGGGAGGCGGUGCGGGACCAUGACGCCGCGGCUCCGGCUCUCUCGAAAAACAAAGUCAUCGCGGUGGGACUCGCACCCUGGGGCGUCGUACACAACAGGCAGCAACUUGUAAAUGCGCAGGGAAGCUUCCCAGCUCGCUACUAUGUCCAGAACACAUCGCAUGACACCUGCUGCCUGGACAACAACUGCCAGGCUUUCCUGCUGGUGGAUGAUGGGAGCACCGGCAGGAGAGGAGGAGAGACAGCCUUUCGAGCCAAUCUGGAGGACUACAUUUCACAUCAACGCACUGGCAUUUGGGGUAGUGGGAGUAUUGAAAUCCCGGUGCUGUGUAUGCUCAUCUCAGGGGAUGCUCGCAUGCUAGAGAGAGUCGAUACAUCUCUGAAGAGAUCGACGCCCUGGCUCGUUCUUUCCGGAACUGGUCCGGCCGCAGACUUUAUCAGCGAACUUCUCUUGAGUCUUGCCUGCAGCUCCGUCAGUCAGACGUGCCCGUCGACAAUGUGCGAGAUUGCCGAGUAUCUUUCGGACAUCCGUGAGCUGGUGCGCGACAAGGUCAAUAGAUACUUCCAAGGAGAAGAUGACCUGGAAAAACUGGUGGACUGUGCGCUGAGUAUUUAUCAGAACCGAGAGCUCAUCACUGUUUUCCACGGACAGCAAGAAGGACUAUAUGAUUUUGAUACUGUGCUCCUCAAAGCCCUCGUAAGAGCUAGUAAACGUCUGUCCAGCGAUGCCAGUCAGUACACCCAAGAGUUGAAACUGGCCGUGGCCUGGAACAGAGUGGACAUCGCCAAAGCGGAACUCUUCGCUGGAAACAUCCAGUGGACGUACGAGGACCUGGACGACUCCAUGACGGACGCCCUGAUCAAUGACAAGCCCCAGUUUGUGCGCCUCUUCUGCGAGAACGGUCUGAACAUCGUGGACUACCUGACGUACGAGCGCCUGGAGAGCUUGUAUCGCUCCUUCUCGGACAGCACGGUGGUCUACACUCUGCUUCGGGAGCAUCUGAGUGACCGUCUGAGCCUGUCCGCGUCGCUGGCCAGUCUGAACGCAGACAAAGCGGGACGAACGGCGGCGCCCUGGCCCGCUUCGGCGCAAGAGCUCAGUCUGUUUGAGGUAUCGUGCGUGCUGUGGGACCUGCUGGGAGACGUCUGUCAGCCUUUCUACUAUGAAGUCCUGGGCCUGGACCCCGAAUCCAGCCUUCGGAAUGCCCUCAGACAAGUCAUCAAGUUGCUGCAGGGGAAAUGCGCCUACCGGGACAAACACUGCCAGUCUCCCUGGGCGGCGCUCUUCAUCUGGGCCGUCCUGCAGAACCGCAGCGAGAUGGCCAUUUACUUCUGGGAGAUGGCGGGCGAGUCGGUGCUGAGCGCGCUGGGCGGCUGUAAGCUGCUGAGGGAAAUUUCUCAGCUCGAAAGUGAGACCGAGAGCAAAGUGGCCGUGAAAGAACUGGCGCAGAAGUUUGAGGAUCUCGCGCACGACGUGUUUGGAGAGUGUUACCAGAGCAGCGAGAGGCGCUCGUUCAACCUCCUGAUACGAAAGUCUCCGAGGUGGCCCGGAACCACGUGUCUGCAGAUGGCCACUGCGGCUGACGCUCGCCAUUUCUUCAGCCACGACGGCGUUCAGGCGCUACUCUCCCAGAUCUGGUGGGGCAGCAUGGACCGAAGUACCCACGUCUGGAAAUUGGUCAGCUGUUUCUUCGUGCCCCCCCUCAUCUACACGGACUUAAUCGCCUUCAGGAAGGACGAAGAGGACGCGGGAGGCGCCGAGGUCCGCCACGUCGAGACUGACAACAGAGACGCAAAUGAUGCGACCGUCCUGCCCCUGGAAGACAUGAUCCACAAUGAUGGUCACGCUGAGGAGGUCAGGGCUCUCACAGAAGAAGUGAAAGCCUCUUCGGCCUCCAAAAUGAGAAGACCCUUCAUCGUGUCACAGUGGAGAAAAUUUUGGUUUGCCCCCGUCACCUCCUUUCUGGGCAACGUGCUGAUGUACUUCCUGUUCCUCGUCUUGUUUGCUUACGUCCUGUUGGUGGACUUCAAGUCCCCGUCUCAAGGCGGCCCGUCCAAGCUGGAAUUUCUGCUCUACUUUUGGGUUUUUACCUUAGCGUGUGAAGAGUUUCGACAGAGCUUCUUCAUGCCCAACAACUUGCUACUCCAGAGGCUGAAGACUUACAUCCAGGAUAAAUGGAAUAAGUGUGACCUCACGGCCAUCGUCAUCUUCAUUUGCGCUCUGUGCUGCAGAAUGUUUCCGUGGUCCUUCAAGUUUGGGCGCGCUCUGAUGGCCGUGGAUUAUAUCGUCUUCACCAUGCGCCUGAUCCACAUAUUUGCUGUCCACAAGCAGCUUGGGCCCAAGAUCAUCAUUGUUGGCAAAAUGAUGAAAGACAUUUUCUUCUUCCUGUUUUUCCUGGCCGUGUGGCUCGUGGCCUACGGAGUCGCCAACCAGGCGCUCCUCUACUCAUAUGAUCCCCGACCGGAUUGGAUAUUUCGCCGUGUCUUGCACAAACCCUACAUGCACAUUUAUGGACUACUUCCCAUGGAAGAAGUGGAUGACGAAUUAUUUCAAGAAAUCAACUGCACCGACAACAGGACACUCAUUCAAGCGGGAGCAGAGCCCUGCAUGAACACUUACGCCAACUGGCUGGUUAUCCUCCUCCAGACCGUCUACCUUCUGGUGACCAACAUCCUGUUAAUCAAUCUCCUCAUCGCCAUGUUCAGUUACACUUUCAACAAAGUUCAGGACCACAGCGACACCUAUUGGAAGUUUCAGCGUUACAGCCUCAUUGUGGAAUACCAUUCCAGGCCUUGCCUGGCCCCGCCGUUUAUCAUCAUUUCACAUCUGAACGUUUUCAUCAAGCGAUACAUUCGACGCAUCCCCUCCGAAAAGAGAAAACACUUUGUUUUGGAGCUGCAAGGCGUGAAGGCCAGCCGACUUAACAUGUGGGAGGCCAUCCAGAAAGAGGAUCUCCUCUCUGCUCAGAACAAGCGACAAAGAGAGAGUGACACGGAGCGGCUCAAACGUACGUCCAUCAAGGUGGACAGUAUGCUGAAGCGCAUGGCAGAGAACCGUGACCACGACCGGCGUUUGCAGCUUCUGGAGACGGAGAUGGAGUUCUGCUGCAAUGCCCUCUCCUGGAUGAUGGAAGCUAUGUCUCAGAGUAAUUUGAUAGCGACGGACCGCACCCCUCCAAUCCUAAGAGAUCUGUCGCCAAGCUGAAGUGCCCGACGAUGGAUCUCUCUCACACAAACAUGCAAGCAUCCGUUCAUUCACACGUUGGUUACUCAGGGGAAGAGUGUGUUUUUUUUUGUUUUGUUUUGUUUUUGCUAUCAAUUUACUGACGUACAUUUCUUGACUGGGUUUGUGUUGAUGUAGAAUUUCAUUUUUCUUAAUUUCAACUGCGAUAAAGUUCAAUUUUGUGCACGUUUUGGCAUCCAUUUGAGAAUGGGUUG